GCAAGGGCCCGCGUCCGCCGCGUUCCGCUGUCCUCUCUCCUCAUCCCUCGGCCCAGAGUCUCUGAGCGGCGGAGGUAUGGAGGAGAAGGUGGAGUCCACCACUACUCCAGACGGCCCGUGCGUGGUGUCAGUACAGGAGACGGAAAAGUGGAUGGAGGAGGCGAUGCGAAUGGCCAAAGAAGCUUUGGAAAAUAUUGAAGUUCCUGUUGGCUGCCUUAUGGUCUAUAACAAUGAAGUUGUGGGGAAGGGAAGAAAUGAAGUGAAUCAAACAAAAAACGCUACUCGGCAUGCUGAAAUGGUGGCCAUUGAUCAGGUCCUAGACUGGUGUCAUCAGCAUGGACAGAGCCCUUCUACCGUAUUCGAGCACACCGUGUUGUACGUCACUGUGGAGCCGUGCAUCAUGUGUGCCGCCGCCCUGCGCCUUAUGAAAAUCCCGCUGGUCGUCUACGGCUGUCAGAAUGAACGGUUUGGUGGUUGUGGUUCCGUCCUAAACAUUGCCUCUGCUGACCUACCCAAUACUGGGAGACCGUUUCAGUGCAUCCCUGGGUACCGAGCUGAGGAGGCUGUGGAGCUCCUAAAGACCUUCUACAAACAGGAGAACCCAAAUGCGCCAAAAUCAAAAGUUCGGAAAAAGGAUUGUCAGAAAUCCUGAUUCUGUAAUGAUCAAAGUCUAGUACAUUUUGGAGACCUGGACAGAAUUCCUGACCGAGAGCCGCUGACGUCGCUGGUCACGUUUAUAUGUUAUUACUGUGUGUAAAAAUGGUGUCGCUCGUCAUUUGCUCUGUUAAAGGAACAAAUUAGCCCUUUUAAAAAUGUCUGACAAUGUAAACACCCGUUAGCUCUUCCACCCAGCUGAAAGACUAUUUCCAGGAAGGGGAGGGAUUAAGGUUGAGGUCCCAGAGAUCCGCAAGCAGCGCCCGCCCGCCCUUCCCCCACAGCCUUAGUUAGCUCUGGCUUAAUGAAGCUCUUUGUGGCUGUGAAGAGGGCCAAGUGGUGAAAUGCUUGCCAUGCAACCAUGAGGAUUGGGUCCCCAUCAGUGCCAGGUGGGUGGUUUGGUGGCCUGCCUGUGAUUCCAGUGCUUGGAAAACAGAGAUGGGCUUCUGAGAUUCCAAAGCAAGCUCUGGGGUCAAAUGAGAGAUAGUGACUCGAUAAUUCAUGUGAAGAGAGAUCUAGGAGGAACCCUGGUGUCAACCUUAGGCGUCACAUGUUCAUAUGUUAACCCAGAUGCAGGCACAUCACACGUGACACCGUGACACACCUACACAUGCCAAAAAAAAAAAAAGGGACAAAUCUUUGGAAGAUUGAUCAAGAUCAAAACAGGAAGUAGAAGAAAGAGAGAAAGCUUUGACAUUUUACUGAGUGCACUCAAACCGGGUCCUGCACGGGACUCCACACUCGGGCUUGUCCUGACUUGUAUUGACUUUGUAUAUGCAUGACCAGGCAUGUCCAGGGUUCAUGUGGGUGUGGAGGCAGAGGUGACUCAGGUGCUGAUCCUUAGAUGCAGGGCCACCACUCCUUCCUGCUUUUUUUUUUUUUUUUUUUUUGAAAGAGAAGAUUUCUUGAAAUUUACCAUUCAGCUAGGUAGGCUGGCCAGGAAUGCCCAGGCUCCACCUGUGGCCUCUAGUACAGGAAUUACAGGCAUGCACCACCACGCUCCCUCCUUCCCUCCCUCCCUCUUCUCUUUUAAAUGUGAAUUUUGGAGAUUGAACUCAGGUCCUCCUGCACUUGACUGACCGAGGUAGCUCCCCAACCUUAGAACAAUUUUAAAGAGUAUCCAGAUAAAACAGAUGCUUAUAAAGCAAGUGUUUGAGUCAUUUUUAGAAAUAUCAUAGCAUAUUGCUACAAUAAAGUUUUAUUCAUGCCCUCUUUCAAGAGGAAUAGACUUUAAAUAGUGAGUGCUGGACACAUGGCUCAGGAGUUAAAAAUAGGUACUGCUUUUCCAGAGGAUACAAGUUCGGUUCCCAGCAUCACCUCUGGGCAGUUUACAACCUCUAAUUCUAGUUUCAGGGGAACCAGUACCCUCUUCUGGUCUCUGUGGGUACCGACACUUACAUGUGCACACAAUUCUACAGACACACACACACAUAACAUUUCUAAAGGAGAAAAUUGAAAGUGGAGUAGUUCCUUACAAUGGAGCAGCUACUACUUUAAUGUCCAUUUCUUCCCUUACUUUCAAAACAAAGACCUUAUAUUCUUCAGAGCAAGAAAUGAAAAUAGUCCGUUAUAUAACUUGCUGGAGGAUGACACUUACUGCUGGACAUAAUGGUGCACACUGCAGCCCCACUACUGGGGAAGUCGAGGCAAACGAAUCAUGAACUCAAGGCCUGAGCUAUGUAGGGACCACCAGCCCUCCCCCUCCCCCGCCAACGCCCCAGUUAGAACCAGUUGCUGUUCGGAAUAAGAAUGCAGAAAUGAUGGUUACAAGAUUGAAUAAAACGAUCCAUUGAAUCCGAAAUAACAAAGCUAUUACUCUUUUCAAAUGCGGAUGAUGAAGCUUAAAUUGAGUAUCUAAAAAUUUGACCUCUUAACAAAAUCUCUGAUAAGGGUCACUGGAGCAAGGUGCGGCUUUUCCGCGCCGUCCUGGGCGCAGUGUGCGUCUCUGCCCAGAAGGGGGCCUCGCUGUUCCACCACAAGGCCAGUGCCAGCGCAGCCUCAGUUUCUUCAGCGCGUUCAAGUCCUUGAUGCAAAGCGGCUGUGUUUGUUGACUCUGCCAUUUGAGCGCUGUCUCCGACUUGUUUGUUUUGAAUUACAUUACAGGCUGGAAUGUGAUUGUGGCGGUAGUAUUUUUAUAUUGCCUGGGGGAGCAGCUAAUCACAGUUACAUGCUUCAGAGGAUUUAUAAUUGCGUGGUUUUGUGCGCGCGUGUGUUUUUAACAGCAUUUCAGAAGGUUUAUGAGCGAAGAGUACGCAGGAUUUUUAAAUUUACAAUAAUGGUCUGUGCACCUUCUCUUCGGUUUUAGCUACUUUAAAGACUCUCUUCUCAUUAAGUUUUAGUGCCUUGACUAGUAUGUUCCUUUUUGCAGUUGGUCAUAAUUCACUCCUGGCUUCCGUGCUCUCCUGCAGGCAGACAUCAUUAUAUGUACUGACUUCAUAUCAUUUGGGGGAAUUAUUUGUGCUCGAAAGAACCUGAGAUCUUAUCCUUGUAGAGAACCAUCAGAUUAUUCUGGCUGUCUUACGACCAAUGAGCUCAUGAUAAACCUUUGAGAGUGAAUUUAGUUUGAAUUUAGGGAGAAAAUAAUAAUAAUAAUAAUAAAGGUAAAAGCAUAGAGCCAGAAACAUGUGGCUGUUAUUUCAUCCGAGAGACAAGAACUGCUCAGGAAGCAGAGAGAUAACCAGAAAAUAAGACAGUGUGCAUGUUUUCCCUUUCUGGUUUUAACAGAUGGCUAAGAGGCAUUUCCUAGUUCCUAAGCAGGGCUGAAUGGUUUCAUUUCCAUUUACCACCUUUAAAAUUCUCUUUCCAGUCACUGACAAAAGAGCUUUUGCACGCAGGCAUAGUUUCCUGUGGAAAAAUCGCUGUGGAUCGAUUGCUGUAGUUAGGGAUUAGUGUUGCCACCUCAAGAUGUCAUAGACACCAAAUGUGCAGAAUUCAAAAGCCACGUCCACAUGUCGGUGAGGAGCUAUAGACAUGUACAUAGCAAAACUGUGUGUGUUCAGUGUCUUCCAGCAGGCUCUGCUGUCGUGUAGAACACGGAGGCCCACCUCAAAAGCUUGCUGAACGGACCAAAAAAGAAUCGUACUUUGUGCAUGAGAUAGUUAGGAAGGCAUAGGGCAUAGACAGCCUGUAGAGCCACGUGCCCUGACAAGAGAAAUUGGGGAGAAACUGUCACAUCUAAGCUGCUGGAGUAUCCCAGUUUACUGGGUCCAAUCAGCGAUGAAAAGUCAUGUCAAGAUAUCUUUGCACUUCCCAACUUUUACACUUGAAAUGUGAAGAAAACAGCCAGCGACCCAGAUGUAGGCAAGAUGGCUUGUUUUUCUAAGGACCCUCCCUCCCUAUUUGUAGCCCAGGCUGACUUCAGACUUAAUAUAUAGCUGAGAGUGACCUUCAAUUUCUGACCCUCCUGCCUGUCUAGCGUGCAGGCAUUAUAGGUGAUUGCUACUUUUGCUGGGUUUGUAGGUGCUGGGGAAUCAGUCUCCAGGCUUCAUAAAAUGCUAGGCAAGCACCAGGCAAUUGAGCUACAUCAUAGCCCUUUCUUCAGUUUUGUUUGUUUGUUUGUUUGUUUUUUUGUUUUAAAGUUACGUCAUACGUUCUCUGGGUCCUUUACCCGGAAGCACUUCGGUAUUUAUGCAUAGAGUGCUGCCUCUCCGCAUCGACACUCCCACUCUGUAACUAUUGAUUUGCUUUAAAGGCAAGGCGCAUUGGUGUUCCAGUUCAACCAGUUGGCUCAGGUAACCCUGAGGAGAAUUCCCUCCAGCCCUGUGAAGCUAGCUCCACCCUAGGUCUAGUUCCAAACUAGACCGUUUCGGUCACCUUUCCUGUAUAGGGGACCUUGGACAGGCUGUGAGAGAGCUCUCCCACCCAGCCACACCCUCCUCCACGGACAGUUUUUCGUACCUGCCUUGCCCCUAUCACCACUGCUGCCUUCUAGUUAGCACGCUCUUCUUCAGGGUAACAGAGCGGUCUUUUCGUUUGCUGCUUACUCACCUAGAGGUAGAUAAAGGCCAGCAGACUCUACAGGUGACAUAAAGUUUGCGCACUUGGUUAAGAUGUCUGAUUUAGUCACUGUGGACUUGGCUCUCUCUCUCCCCGUAGCAGUGAGCGAUCAGUCUGUGGG